AUGAGAGACAACCCCCGGCCGGACCCGCCGCAGCACACCGGCACAGGACGCGACGCCCGCUACGCGCCCCCGAUAGGUCGAGACCCGCUCGGACCAUCCGACCGCGACUUCGACCGCAUAGCUAGACACAUAACCCGCUUUGACCCCCGGCCCGGCAUACCUACAAACACUCGGUCAUACCUCCGCGUCGUCGAAUUCCACGCCGACCGCAUACCACACGCAUCCCAAGAUGACAAAAUAUUCUUGAUUAGACUCACGUCCAAUGGUGAGGUGAAUGACUUCAUCGAAAGGCAACCAAAGGCUAUAAAACACGACUACAACGAGCUCUGCAAAGCCAUCCUAGCAGAAUACUCAGACUACGGCGCCUCCGGGACCCUCACGGCAGCCAUGGCAGUCAAACAAGCUCACAACGAGCUUGCGGAAUGCUACUACCACAGAUUGCGACAGGCCUUCUUCGGCAACCGAAACUACGAAGGGAUGGAGGAAGACACGAAUUUCAGGGCCCUGUACCUCCAAAACCUCCACCCCAACCUUAGCCAGCUACUAGGCGUGUACGCCUGCCCCCUUACACAGGACAUACGGCAACUGAAGACCCUGGUGGCACGAGCACAAGGUAAACAUCUGCUCAAGACACAGGUGAAGCCGCACACCCAACCUACAGUGUACAGCGUGGAAAACCACAUGGAACUGGAAGGCGCACCAACGGCCCGGAAACACAAAUGGGGAACCGACCACGGACCCCAGAGGAAUAACCACAAACACACGGACCCGAAGAACGGACAGCCACGCGACCAGCACCUCCCGCAAUACGGCGAGAGACGCGCCGGCCAGGCCGACGGGAAAGACCGCGCGCCACAACGGUCCCACCAAGACCGCACUGCCACAACCAUUAAUAAGGACAACCUUUCUAGGGAGGAACAAUCCCUCCUCCGCACGCUCCUGCGCAAAGCCAGAGAGAAGCCAGACAACGCCGACGUGUUCGCAGUGUCCGUGUCGGAUGACGCCGAGAACGCUCCCUACCACAUGGACGACGGCCUCGGCGGACAGGAGCUAAAUGACGACUACUCAAACGCACCAACGGUGGACACCUGCUACGACCAGAGGGAUGUCAUGGUAAUACAGGUAAACUCCAUCACAGACCCACGAGAGGACGGCCCCUCGACAACCAUCUGCGAACCACCGUUCCACCAAUUCAUGGGCGACCUACAACAAAGAGGUACCUACGGGAAACUCUACCUGCCCGUAAUACUCGAAGACCAAUGGGAACACGAGGCGCUCGUGGACACAGCUGCCGAUAUCAGCCUGAUUGGCGAAGACCUCUUCGGUAAGUUACAGUCUAUGGCCAGUAAAUCCCACAGACACCUAAAAACGCAGCCAUGCGACUUAGGAAUAACACCCUAUUCCCAGGUGGAUACGACCAUACGUAAAAUGGCUCUAAUGCGACUGACCGUGGGCCCCAUGACACUGGUCCACCCGGUCUACAUCUCCCCAUUCAACACGCAUCCGCUCCUAUUGGGCCAGGACCUUCUAAAUCGGUUUAAGCCCCUAAUAGACUACCAACGUCUAAAGAUCUGGACACAGGUCCGGGAGCCCUUGCCCAUCCCACGCCCGUUGGGCGAAAACCACCGCUACUCCAUAGACGCGCCGCCCACGAACGGCCCACAGCCCGCCGCGGCACAACCUGAAACCGAUCAGGGGACGCCCACAACCGGCGCGAACGCCACGCGCACGGCCCCCGACCUCGACAGCAGCCAUGGGUGGUCCUGCGUGAGGCGGUCCCAGUCGGUGUCGGAGGUGACGGCGGCGUAUUUGAAGCGGUUCUGGACGGCGGCGGAGGUGCAGAUGUGUUUGGAGAGGAGCUCUUUCCCCGUCUGCUCAGAGAUGGCUUUGGCCGACAUGGCCCGCCACAGGCCCGCGACAGGCCCGCGACAGGCCCGCGACAGGCCCGCGACAGGCCCGCGACAGGCCCGCCACAGGCCCGCCACAGGCCCGCCACAGGCCCGCCACAGGCCCGCCACAGGCCCGCGACAGGCCCGCGACAGGCCCGCGACAGGCCCGCGACAGGCCCACAACGGAUACGGACGGACGAAAUAG